CCUGUGGCGUUCUCCUUCAAAGGCUUCUUCAAGAUGGCAGCUUUGUGAAGGACCUUUUCAAUAACCUAACUUUUCGUCGAAAAAAAUAGCGUUAAUUCAACUUAAAAGCUAAAAAUGGUGUACUUUGACUCUUGGGAUGAGUUUUCCAAGGCUGUAGAGCAGUUAUACAUGGCAGAACCUAAUAAGUUUCGCUUUGUUAUCAAAUAUCGACAUUGUGAUGGGAAGUUAGUGAUAAAGGGAACAGAUGACCAAAUGUGUUUAAAAUAUAGAACAGAGCAGUCACAAGACCUUAAGAAAUUAGAAAAACUAAAUAGCAUUCUYAUGAGACACAUAGCAUCAAGAUGAUCAAUGACAAGCAAUACUAAAACAAGAUUAAAGAAGACAAGAAAUGGGGUAACAAUAUGCAACUAUUCUCAUGGUUGUCUACAUAUGUAACCUCCUUUGCCAAAAACAGACCAAGACGAGCUUAAGGAUAGUUGCUAGUAAGCAUUUCAGUCAGGCAUUAUUAUAUUUUGUUAACAAAUAUCCUGAAAARCAGUACAUUUUUGUUUGAAAAAUGUUUAAGUAAAUUUAGCAAUAAUUA